CCCGGAAGCGCUUGGCGCUUGGCGCGGCUGGGCGCUAAGAUGGCGGCGGCGUGAGUUGCAUGUUGUGUGAGGAUUCCGGGGCCGCCGCGUCGCUCGGGCCCCGCCAUGGCCGUCACCAUCACGCUUAAAACGCUGCAGCAGCAGACCUUCAAGAUCCGCAUGGAACCUGACGAGACGGUGAAGGUGCUAAAGGAGAAGAUAGAAGCUGAGAAAGGCCGUGAUGCUUUCCCAGUGGCUGGACAGAAACUCAUUUACGCCGGCAAGAUCCUGAGCGAUGAUGUCCCCAUCAGGGACUACCGCAUUGAUGAGAAGAACUUUGUGGUUGUCAUGGUGACCAAGGCCAAAGCUGGUCAGGGUACCUCAGCACCCCCAGAGGUCUCACCCACUGCUGUUCCGGAGUCCUCCACACCCUUCCCACCAACCCCUGCCUCAGGCAUGUCCCAUCCCCCACCUACCAGCAGAGAGGACAAGAGCCCAUCGGAGGAAUCAGCCCCCACGACGUCCCCAGAGUCUGUGUCAGGCUCUGUUCCCUCUUCAGGUAGCAGCGGGCGAGAGGAAGACGCGGCGUCCACGCUAGUGACUGGCUCUGAAUACGAGACAAUGUUGGCGGAGAUCAUGUCCAUGGGCUACGAGCGGGAGCGGGUCGUGGCUGCCCUGAGAGCCAGCUACAACAACCCCCACCGCGCUGUGGAGUACCUGCUCACGGGAAUUCCGGGGAGCCCUGAGCCAGAACAUGGUUCUGUCCAGGAGAGCCAGGUGUCUGAGCAGCCAGCCACAGAAGCAGCAGGAGAGAACCCUUUGGAGUUCCUGCGGGACCAGCCCCAGUUCCAGAACAUGCGGCAGGUGAUUCAGCAGAACCCAGCACUGCUGCCCGCCCUGCUUCAGCAGCUGGGCCAGGAGAACCCUCAGCUUUUGCAGCAAAUCAGCAGACACCAGGAGCAGUUCAUCCAGAUGUUGAAUGAACCCCCUGGUGAGCUGGCAGACAUCUCAGACGUGGAGGGGGAGGUGGGCGCCAUAGGCGAGGAGGCCCCACAGAUGAACUAUAUCCAGGUGACGCCGCAGGAGAAAGAAGCUAUAGAGAGGUUGAAGGCCCUGGGCUUCCCAGAGAGUCUGGUGAUCCAGGCCUACUUCGCAUGUGAAAAAAACGAGAACUUGGCUGCCAACUUUCUCCUGAGUCAGAACUUUGAUGACGAGUGAUGCUGGGAGGCCAGGCCACCCAUCGUUCCCACCCCACCCCACCCCACCUCCACAAAAGUUUUAUAAAAGAAAAAAAUAUAUAUAUAUUCAUGUUUAUUUAAGAAGUGGAAAAAAAUCAAAAACCUUACCAAAAAAAAAAAAAAAAAAAAAAAGCCUAGCUUCCCACCCUCCUAAAGUGGCCCCCAUUCCCAUC